CGCCGGCGCAACUGCGCAUGCCCGGCGUUGUGGCGCCAUGGCGGGAAUGGAGGGGACCCUGUUGCGCCAGUUCCCGCUGUUUCUGCCCCAGAACCGGGCGAAAACUGUGUAUGAGGGAUUCAUUUCGGCUCAGGGGAAAGACUUCCACCUUAGAAUAGUGUUGCCUGAAGAUUUACAAGUGAAGAAUGCAAGAUUACUAUGCAGUUGGCAGUUGAAAGCUAUACUUAAUGGAUACCAUCAAAUAGUCCAACAGAGAAUGCAGCACUCUGCUGAUCUAAUGAGUUUUAUGAUGGAGUUGAAGAUGAUUUUGGAAGUUGCUUUAAGGAAUAGACAAGAGUUAUGUGCACUACCUCCUCCUCCUCAGUUCUAUUCAAGCCUUAUUGAAGAGAUAGGAACUCUUGGUUGGGAUAAACUAGUAUCUGUGGAUAGUUGCUUCAGUACCAUCAAGUUAAAAGCAGAAGAUGCUUCUGGUAGAGAACAUCUAAUCACUGUCAAGUUGAAAGCAAAGUAUCCCGCAGAAUCACCAGAUUGUUUUGUGGAUUUUCCUGUUCCAUUUUCUAUUUCCUGGACACCACAGGGCUCCUUAAUAAGCAUUCAUAGUCAGUUUUUGGCAGCAUUAGAAUCACUGAAGGCAUUCUGGGAUGUUAUGGAUGAAAUUGAUGAGAAGACCUGGGUACUUGAGCCAGAAAAACCUACCCGGAGUGCAACAGCACGCAGAAUUGCAUUAGGAAAUAAUGCUUCCAUAAAUAUAGAAGUGGACCCCAGGCAUCCUACUAUGCUUCCUGAAUGCUGCUUUCUUGGAGCCGACCAUGUGGUAAAACCCCUGGGAAUUAAGCUGAGCAGGAACAUACAUUUGUGGGAUCCAGAAAACAGUCUAUUACAAAAUUUGAAAGAUGUUUUAGAAAUUGAUUUUCCAGCUCGUGGUAUCCUGGAAAAAUCUGAUUUUACUAUGGAUUGUGGAAUUUGUUAUGCCUAUAAACUUGAUGGUACCAUUCCUGAUCAAGUGUGUGGUAAUCCCCAGUGUGGACAGCCUUUUCAUCAAAUAUGCUUAUAUGAGUGGUUGAGAGGACUACUCACUAGUAGACAGAGUUUUAAUAUCAUCUUUGGUGAAUGUCCAUACUGUAGUAAGGCAACAGAACAUCCUCUGGAACAGGAAUAAGAGGUCUAUUGUUCUCACCUUAAAGAUAAAAGCCCAAACGGUCCCAUUUCACAUUGUUGCUCUGCACAGUUAACAUCAAUCACACUGAGUUCAGACUACUUUUAUACACUUGUAUAAAAUGCUAAUUUGAAAAUAUUCUUCUUUGAAAACACCACCACCUACAAUCUAAGCUCUGGAAAACACCCUGUAAAGGAAUGGAUAUUUCACUUUAUAUUUUGCAUUGCAAUUCAAGUACAUGUGACUUUAUAGGUGUUAUCUUAAUUCAUUUAAUGUUUGUUUGUUGUUAAGAGUAUUUUUCAAUUAAAGAAAUGUACUUGGUUGUCACAGUGGAUGAAUGGCAAUCCUGAGAUAUUAGCUCCCUUUACUGUAUCCCUUCAGACCUGUUGUAGUAAAGGAUGGAAUGCUUAAAAAUUUGUACUUUGUUUUAGCAGUCUGGACAGCCACAGGGUCCUUCAGGUUCUGUUCCCAGGGAAGUUUCCCACAUGACCACCGCAGCAUGCAGUAGCCGAGGAUUUCAACGUCACUUCUUCUGGACAGGGCUACAGGAGUAAACAUUAAGAGGGGGGAUAAGUAAGUCCUUGAGAAAAAGUGAAAUCUUUGAGUGAACUACUAUUGAUGAAAUAUGGAAAAGCCAAAGAGGCGAAGUGUUUUGUUUGUUCAGCUGGAGCAAAACUUAAAACGCCCAGGCAUUUGGCCCCAGUCCACAGACAGGCAGUGACUUGUUGCUGCUGAAAGUCAGGGUCAGUUUCUUCACCUCCUCCAACUUCAUCUUUCCUUAGUCUGGCCUGUCACAUGAACUUGAUCCCCAUGGCCUCUGACAUGAUCCAGACAACCCAUAACCCGGCACCAACACUUUCUCAAAGAGCCAAGCAGUAAAACAAAGAAAUAAAUGUCUGCAGCUAAAUUGCUAACAUAUGUUCCAGGAAGUCCAUGGGGUCUGCAUUGGUCAUGCAGAGACCCUUUGAGUGCAGACUAAACACUGAUGGCCUUUCCUGUUUUACCCACACUGGUGGCAGCAUUUGAAAUUGGAAGAAUAUGACAAAACUGCCAUCUAGUGUGCAGUCUUAAACAGGCUUGUCUGGGGAUUUUUCAGUUACAUGAAAGUAUAAUUAAAAUAGGUCCACUGCUUUGGAUGCACAAUUCUACAAUGUUACAGAUAUUAUCUUAUAAUUAAGCAUCUCUAAGCUAAAACUCUAACCCCAGAUCCUGGAAAGAAAUCUAAAGGUGAGACAAUGGAUGGGACCACGGGAGAGAGGUGGUGGGGAGUGAGUGUGAAGCCAAAUAGAGGUUCCCCAAAUUUAAUACAAGAUGGCUUUUCAUUUAAAAAAAUACAUUCAAAGAACAUUUUCAUGGCCCUGUAAAUAUCAUUUAUAUCAAAUCAUUAAAUGCUAUAAAACUAAUGUUAUCAUGAUUUUAUAUACCUGUGUUAAAGUGCCUCUUAUCAAAAGACGGACAAUGAAACCUAAGAAAGGUGUCAAACAUAAUUGAUACUUGUUAACAAGUCACUGGAAUAAUGAUUGCAACAUCAGCAAAUACCCAUAAAAUAAACUCAUUUUUAACAACCAUUUCAAACUGUUAUAAAAACAAUAGACUGGUAUUUAUAUUUCUACCACUACUUGAAUGUUCAUCUGUGUAAGAAUAAUAUAAUCUCCCAAGACCAAUAUGUGACUGUUAAACCUGCUGUAAACAGAAUCCUGUUUUAUUUUCUUUCAUUAAAAAACUCUGAAAAGUCA